AUGCCGCUCCACAUCAAGGACUUGGUGCGUCUCGUGGAAACCCCCAAGGAGCAUGCGGCGGGUGCCCUCGCGGAGCUUGGCGGCAUCGAAGGCGUCGCGCAAGCGUUGAACGUGUCGCUGGAGCAUGGUCUGGACAGCGACAACACGGCCGACUUGGCCGCGCGUGAAAAGACGUUUGGCAAGAACUACAUUGAGCCCGAGAAGCCCCAGACGAUCUUUCAACUCAUGUGGCACGCGUUCCAAGACUUGACCAUCAUCAUCUUGACCGUGGCCGGUUUCAUUUCGCUGGUUCUGGGGUUCAUUCCGUUCCCCGAGUCGACCAAGAAAGUCAAGACACGGGAAUUGAGCGCUGGUGGAUCGAGCACGGCGUGGAUCGAGGGCGCGUCCAUCAUCUUCGCCGUGCUGAUCGUGGUGUUUGUGACGGCCAUCAACGACUACCAAAAGGAAAAGCAGUUCCGCGCGCUGAACGCCAUCAAGGAAGACGAGAAGAUCAAAGUCAUUCGCAACGGCGUGCCUGCGGAAGUGAGCAAGUUCGACUUGGUCGUGGGGGAUAUUGUCCGUGUGGACCUCGGCGACAUCAUCCCUGCGGACGGCUUGGUGUUUGACGAAAGCGACUUGAAGCUGGACGAAAGUGCCAUGACGGGCGAGUCGUUGCUGCUCAAGAAGGAUCGCAAGGAAAAGCCGUUCCUGCUGUCUGGCACCAAGGUCAUGGAAGGCGUGGGCAAGAUGCUCGUCAUUUGCGUGGGGGAAAACUCCCAGGCCGGUAUCAUCUCCAAACUCAUCAUGGGCAAGGGCAAGCGCCCCGCUGCUGAUGCAACUGCCGCCGUGGAAGACAACUACGCGGCCGUGGCCACCCCCAAAGACGCGCCAGAUCUGGACGAAGAAGCCGAAGAAGAAGAAGCGGUGUCGCCCCUGCAAGGCAAGCUGGACAGCCUCACGUUGCUCAUUGGCAAGCUCGGGCUGUGGACGUCCAUCUUUGUGGUCGUGGCGCUGGUCGUUCGGUUCUCCAUCGUCACAUUCGGCGUCGACGAGGAAGAGUGGAGCAACGAGUACUUCAAAGACUACCUCAACCACUUCAUCCUCGGUGUGACGGUGCUUGUGGUGGCCAUCCCGGAAGGCCUGCCUCUGGCCGUGACCAUUGCGUUGGCGUACUCGGUGACCAAGAUGCUCAAGGACAGCAACUUGGUGCGCCACUUGGACGCGUGCGAGACCAUGGGAAGUGCCACCACCAUCUGCUCCGACAAGACCGGCACCCUCACCACCAACCGCAUGACGGUCAUGGAGUGCUACCUCGGCAAGGUGGAAUUCAGCUCCGCGCCGUCGCUCCGACUCCAAGCCAGCGCCGCCACCAAGGACAUUCUCUGCAGCUCCAUCAGCAUCAACUCGACGGCCGAGAUUCUGCCGCCCAAACAAGUGGGGGCGCAACCCGAACACACGGGCAACAAGACCGAGU